GUUGUCGAGACGUCAGCUGAAUUUGCAAGACAUUCGUCUGUGGAACCGUCAACUCCAGUUUGAAACUAAACAAAGGGAACCCUGAACUUUUGGGCCAUGUAAAGUUUUCUUGACUCUUUGUCUCGUCGUGUCAGAGACGAGUGUGCGUUCGUAGGUUACGCAUCUUAUUUAUAAUGUAUUCACACUUCUUGUUCCACGAGACACAGCCUUAAUUAACUGUGACUGUCAAAGAAUUAGAUUCUAUAAUAAAAAUCGGGAACAAUCACUUUUGUGUAACUGCCGUUUAUUUUCACUCCUACUCAAAUAAGUGGCGCCAGAACAGCGUAAAAGUAAAAACAAUACCGGAUCUCCGAUGGAGUCGAAGUGUGAAGCUAUCCGGUUCUCAGGGUCCGGAACAGUGGCGGAUUCCUCCUACAACGACAAUGAGUCACGGCUAACAAUCAGAUCCGCGAAUAACGGUACCAGUGGACAUUCUGUGGCAGAUGACGAUGCCGACUCGGGUACGCCAUCCGACGACGGCGGGAACCACCCCAGUAUCAGCACCAGUUGCAGCAACAGUACCAGCAGCAAUGAUGUUAGCUCCAUCACCAUGACUAACCUGGACGGCCGUUACGGCUGGGUCAUCGUUAUCGCCAGUUUCUUCAACGCCUUCAUCAUUGACGGUAUCGGCAGCUGCUUCGGUCUCGUGUUCCCUUACGUCGUAGAGAAGUUUCAGAUGUCGGCCUUGGUGACGUCAUUUGCCGGAUCCCUUUUCUUGGCACUUCUGAUCAUGGGUUCCGUGUCGGCCGAGCUGGUACGUCGGUUUGGCUUCCGCUCUGUGUCCAUGCUUGGCGGUGUUCUCAGCUGUGUGGCUUUUGUGGCCAGUGUCUUCAGUCCCAACAUCAUCGUGUUUAUUCUUACUUAUGGACUCAUGGCUGGCUGUUCUUGCGGCCUCGUAUUCCUCCCAUCAGUCGUGAUCGUGAACUGUUACUUCCACGAGAAACGAGGCUUGGCCAACGGCAUCAUCACUUCCGGCUCCGGGGCGGGUCUGCUGUGCCUUGCACCGUUCAUCAACUUCUUGCUGGAGCGCUAUCACCUCGAGGGCACCGUUCUCAUCCUGGCUGGGAUCCUGCUCAACAUGUGUGUCUUCUCCAGUCUCUACCGACCGCCCAGCAUGAGGACUUCUCGCAAGACAGGGGAACAGGGCGGACGGAAAGAUGGAUGCUGUAGUAAGGAGAGUGAAUUGUCAGGAGACUUUCAGAGGAAAGAAGAUGGGGUGCCUCGCAGCGACCGGCCGACAUCAGAAUGUUGGAAUGAGCGUCCACCGUUACUGAAUGAGUCUAAAGAUGAGCAAUGUCUUGUGUUUGAGGAUGAUGGUAUUGAAUCUGUAAAUAUUGAUAGAACAGACAAGCCGACUAAGCCAACAAGUUUGAGUUUGUUAAAAGAUAACACUUCACUGCCAUAUAGUCAACAUUCCCGCCAAGAUAUUAACUCUAAAGAGAUCGCACAGAAUAAUAUCAACAGUGCCAGGGAGUCUAUGCCCACUUUCGACAAUGUCCAAACUCGUCUCUUCUCUCGAGCAAAUUCCGAUCACGCUCAGCUCUUUUCUUAUAUUGAACCCCAUUUUGGAAGCCAGAGAUUGGACAGGACUUGCCUUGAGUCACGCAAAGUCCCGUGGAGAAGUGAACAUGUACUGCACACCAAUCAUCAGCAACAGUUGGAAUACCCCCACCCUCUUCCUCAUUCAGUUUACAAUCUGCCUACUUUAAUGAAGAACGUAAAACACAGAUACCUCAUCCAUCGCAGCGUGUCAGGAGAGAGGUGUCAAAAGUUGCUGUCAUCUCACAACACUGCUAAUCACGAAUCGAAUCACGACAAUUACCGUUCUCAACGUUCACACAACCAUCUUUUCCCUCCUGACCACGGGAGUAACUUGUACCUCACAGGGAGUAUCUCAACACUAAGAGAUCUGCAUUACAAACACUUGUAUAACCAAUUCAGUUCUAAAGCAAGCACUCUGCCAUUUCAUGUUCAGCGCCGAGAUUCUGUCAAGUUCCCAAAAGACGAGAGUAGUGUAGAUGGAGAGGACACGAUUCUCACAACAGAGGCAGAGGGCUCUUCUGUAGACAAGAAAUUCACAGCACUAUCUCACGACCGUAAAGCAUCGCUCAGUACCCAACCUCCUGUGUCGAGCUCUUCAGAAGUAUUAACCAAAAUUAUUUCGAGAGCAAUGAAAGACAUUCCUCGAGAUAGCUAUUUAAAGCUGUCUGAACCGGCCAAUAAGGAAGGUAACAUCAUCGUACCGGAGACUGAAAACAAGCCCUCGACAUCCCAAGCAACAUUUCACAAAACUGAGCUUCACAAUUCAAAUCAGAGUUUCUACGAGCCAUUUCAUAUCAGCAUUGAAAGCAUCAACUCUGAAAAACCCUGCCUUGUCCCCGCUGAGAGUGAGAGUGAAAGUGAGACUCUUCCUGUGUCAGGGUUCACCACCAGACAGCUGCUGAGAAUGCCGGCAUUCCACCUGUUUUGUCUCGGUGCAUCACUGGUCCAGUUUGGCUACCCAAUUGCAGGGGCCUUCCUGGCAGAUUACGCUUACCAGCAUGGGCUGGCAUCCUCUGAUGCGGCGAUUCUGAUGAUCUUAUUGGGAUCCCUCAACAUUUGUGGCCGCCUGCUCUCUGGAGCUAUGGCCAGUUUCAGUCUGGACCCGUUACUCAUCAACAACCUGUCCCUUCUGCUGGGCGGUGUAGUCUGUCUGAUGUCUCCGCUCUACACACAGUUCUGGUCUCUGUGUCUGCUGGCCGCCCUUUUUGGCUUUUUCCUUGGUUUCUUCGCACCACUCCAGCCCCUUAUUGUCGUGGAAUACUUCGGCCUCGACUCCCUGGGUUCAGCCUUUGGCUUCCUGACAACAGUGAAAGGCCUGGCCUCUAUGCUGGGGGCUCCGUUGGCCGGCUGGAUAUAUGACAUGUCGGGCAACUACGCCUGGUCCUUUGUUUUUGCAGGUGCCUGCUUUGUCUUGUCUGCUCUUGUACAUUUCUUGAUGCCUUGUAGCAGGCCUAAAAUUAAGAAGAACUAUCUGUAAAGUAAACGACACGCUUUACCGGAGGCUGGUGCAGUGGUUUGGCUCCUACACGUAGCUUUGGCAUGCAGAAAAAUGUGACUUUGUUUCCCAUUUGGGGUUGCUGGGAUUUUUUUUUUUUACAUCGAAUGUCUCCGUUUGUCUUUUGGGACAUUGGUCCUGGCAUGCAAGGAAGAAGUAGCCCGCAGUUCUUGUAUUUUUCAUCUAAUUCAGACGUGUGUACGCCCCCAUCGAAACAAAUGAAAUUAUUUAGUAGGUGGGCUUUAAUCGUGACCGUCAUGGCCAACCUGUGCUGAAAGGGAUACAACAACAUCCCAGCAGAGAAGCUGCUCAAUUAAAAUGCACACCUAAAGGGAAUCAAACUCGGGUCUUCUACAUGUCAAGCUGAUGCACCUAACUGCUACACCAAAGAAGCCGGUCUUAUUCACAUUAUUAUGUUUCAGAAAAGUAACUGUCAUGAUGAAAAAAGAAUGCGUUGUAGCAUCACUUUGAACGAAAGAAAUUGAUAGGCUUUCACCACAUUGUGUCCAGAUGCAAGAGCUCUAUUUUAUGCUUGUAAUGGAUAUUAUUAUGUAAAUCACCGUUUCUAUUACCUAUAUUGUGUACAGUUGUAUAUUUUGUAAUUAUUUUACUCUUGUGAUUUGUUCACUUGAUAAGUAUGUUGUCUUUAAUGGGUUUCUUCUUUUUGAACGUUUCCAUUCGUGAGCAAGGAGGAAUGAGUCUCUAACAUUUUGCAAGUUUGACAGCUUGCCAUGCGUCCUUCUUCCCCUUCUCCUUCUUUUUCUUCUUCUUCAUCUUCUUCUUCUUCUUCUUCUUCUUCUCCUUCUUCUUCUUCUUCUACUUCUACUACUACUACUACUACUACUACUACUACUACUACUACUACUACUACUACUACAACUACUACUACAUCUCCUCCUCAUCCUCGUUCUUGUUUUUCUUCGUCGUCCUCUGCUGCUUGUUCAACACUACUUUUUUCCUGUUUUGAAUCCGCUCUUUUUGUGUUCCUUUGACACAAUAUUGUUACUGCUGCUUUCCAAUUACUAAAGCUCUACUCUCUACAUUCUGCCAUAUACUAUCUACAUUGCUUUAAAUUGUAAGUAAGUGGACAGACACAUUCAACUCUCGUCUUGCUUGGUUUUUGUAGCUUGAUGAAGAGUUCUGUACAAAUAAAACCGUGUUUUUCAUUA